AUGCACUCUCCGGCAACGCUUCCUAACGAGAUCAUCGUCGAGAUCUCUUCUUACCUCUCCCUUGGCCAACAAAACAACUUCAGUCGCACAUGCAGGCGCAUCAACGACCUCAUCGAACCCCGAAUUUGGGCCGACAUUGAGCUGCACGGCGAUGGCUUCCACGAGAGCCGCGACGAGAUUAAACACCCGCCACCUUUCAAGCCUUCAUCCGAUCGUUUCUAUCUUGGUAGAUACUACGGCCGCGGAAUCUGCCCACUAGAUAUCUUGCAGCAUCUCUUGAAAACCGACCGAGAUAGGCUCAAAAAGGUCGCCACCCGAGUAAAAAGCUUCUGUAGUGUCAUCGAACCCGAGGAUAGGAUCUGGGAUCUUUUGCCCUACUUUGUCAACCUGGAAGCUCUGGAGCUACACGGCCGCUGGGAUGAGUCUGACCAGAUCACCUAUGAAAUCAGAAGCCCGCCGCUUGCUAAACUCCGCUUUGCGAAGCUCCUUGGGUUUAUCCCCCAGGCUGGAGCUAGAUGGAUUCUUCGCUCCGGUCCAACGCUGGAGCGCCUAGAACUCGGGAUGCUGGACCGACCUAUUCAGGCUGCCGAAGGAUCCGAUGCUGGGGAGUCUGACCGGGAUUUCGCAUCCUUAUCGGAAGAGAAUCUGGAUGACUCCGAUGAAGAACCGGAUCACGGAAGGUUAAAUCGCGUUCAGGCUUUUCCUCGUCCCUUGAGUGGAUUCUUGCCCGAGGAAGGCUUAUCGCUGCCAAUUCUGCAUCACCUCUAUCUGUGUUCGCCUGCUCAUAGAAAGCACACGGACGACGCUCAGGAUGAAGGGUGGUCUACGCAGGCUGAAGAGGACAGCUCUGAAGAUUGGAGGAGCAUUCUCAUGGCCUCACACUGGACGCUUCAGACACUGGUACUGGAGCAUAAAGUGACUAUCCUGAAUAGUGAGGCUGAGGCCCGGGGCGAGGAAGAGUGUAUGAGAGACCUUCACACAAACAACGACGGGGGUGGAAGCUCUAAGCUAGCCGAAGUGCUGGAAACCGCCGGGGUGUAUAGGGUUGAAUGGUUCCCCGAGCUCACACAUGUGUACUUUUACGGCAUUGUUGUAAGUAAGGGGCUUGACAACAGGCCUUCGAUGGAACGCCCAGUUGGGCGGAUAAUGACAUGGCUGGGACAUCGUGGUGUCAGGUGUGAGGCUAGAAGGGGCCAGUGGUUCACAGUUGACAAUGAUGAAGAAUGGGGGUUCUGGGCAGAUUGGGAUGCGAGGAGUGACUCAAAUUUUGGUAGUGACGACUCGGAUCCCCGUAUACACUGGGAUGAGGUUAUAGCGAGUGUAUAAAGAGGUGAAGGAACAGAGUUGUGAGAAAUAUCGAAUGAAUCUUGACUUUCAUUUGUACGGCAUGAGCCCUAUUUUGAAGUCCAAGGGGAGGUUGAGAACAGUCUGUCUAUUUAAAAUUCUCGAUUACAUCACAAACACAUAGGGCCUGUCAAACAGGUUAUUCCAG